CAUUAUGCUCCUUCCUUAGUCUUCUUAUUCAAAGAAAAAUCCGCAUCCGGAAUCCCGCUUCAUGUGAACCGGCCAAUUUUACUUUCUUAAACAGAAAGGGAUAUUCCGCUCCAUGAGGACUAGGCUUUAGGUGUACCGCGGUGAUGUCAAGUGUGUUCAAUUUCAAACAAUUUCGAAGAAUAAUACCCCUCUGUUAAAAGUCGAAAGACCAUAAGAAACCGUGUAACUUACACCAUAAUCGGUUUUUAUUUCAGCUUGCGACCGAAUAGAUUAAAAUACACACAUUGGGUAUUGGGUUAUAAAAAGAAAGAAAAGUAAUCGGCAACCGGUCUAGGAAAUACUUCUCUACCUGCUCAUCGAAAACUGAGGAACCGGCAACCUGCGCAACAGGUUGAGCUGUUGAGCUAAGCUAAGCGUCAUUUGGCGUCAUUUAUUCUUGUCCUUGUCGUCUGAUGGUGGCGUGGGUUUGUUAGAGUGAAACGAAACUUGCGGCGUUUAUGUGUGUGUAUUUUAAAUUUUAACCCCCAAAAUGGGUGCUUUAAAAAACCCUGAUUUAUUGGAAAAAGUCGAAAUUAUCAAUUAUUAUGCCAGGACGCGUGCCAGAUCCGCAGAAAUAUCCGAAAAGUUCAACAUACCGAUCGACGUGGUGCGUCAGAUCAUUCAAAACAAAUCGGCCGUUGUAAAGAAAUAUUACAAGGAAGAUGGGCAGAAAAAACGAUUUUUACAUGCCGAAAGGCUCGUAUUGGAAUCCGAACUAUCUAAAUUAUGUAAAAAGAUGCAGCAAAAGCGACUUUACAAGAAAGAAUUUAUCUUUAUGAUGGCAAAAUUGCGGGAAAAGUGGAAAUUUAAGGUUAACUUGACGUCGACAUGGUUAGAGUGUUUUGCUAAAGAAAUAGGCCUUAUUUUAGUAAAUGGGCAACGUAAACAUUCGAAAUUCGCGGAUAUUCUUGCGCAAAAAAGUAUGGUAACUAAUCGUACAGAACAAGAAAAAGUCAAUUAUAAAAGGAAAAAUUUGACUGUGCAGAUCUCGAAGAUCAACAAAAAUGUAAAUAUCAAAUCGAAUUUGCUUUUAAAAGAAAAACACAAAAAAAAUAAGCAUUCUACAGUGAAAACAAGUGAAAAUAUUUUUAUAUCAAAAGGAAAGUUAACGAAUCAAAUUAAUAAAGGUAGAAAACAAAGGUUUCAAGAAAGUUUUGAGGAGGAUGUUAAAAACGAUGGUAUGUUAGUACAAAUAGAGAAUAAUCAAGAUAUUAGUACCAUAAAAUCUGAUACAGAACCUUUUAAAUUCACUAAUGAAUCUGGAAGUAAUAAUUGUGCAACAGAAAAAGUUGAAACAGAUAAAAAUGUUUGUGUUUAUAAUAUGACAAAUGAAAAAAUACAGUUUGUGCCAAGUUGUAAUAUGCUUAAUGGCAAGUUAAACAACAAUAAUAUCAUUAUUGAUUCUAGUUUAAGCUCUAAUACUUUUAAAUCAAAAAGGAAGAAAGUACAGUAUUUCAAGGAGACAAGAAAUUUUAGAAAGAUGCCAAAUUCUAACAGAAUUAAUAGGGGCAAGGCAAUGAAGAAUGAUGAUAAUCAAGUAACUAAAAUGCAUAAUAUUGUGAGGAUUUUACAUACACCGAAAUUAAGAACUAAGAAUCGUGUACAGUAUUUUAAAACCAGAAAUAACAAAAUUAACAGUUCUUUAAAUAAUGGUGCCAUAAUCACUGAGAGUGUUAAAAAAAGCAAUGGUACAAUUGAUAAUGACAUUUUAAGGUAUGUGGGGUUAAUCAAUAAAACCACUAAAAAUACAGAGAACUCUGCAGCAGUGUUUCUUGAAGAUUCUGACACACAAAACACUGUUAACCCUAAUAAAAGAAGGAAAAAGUACUUAAAUAACUCUGCCACUAAAAAAACUGAAACUGAUAAUAAUAUUUGUAAUGAGAAUUUUUCAAAGGAAAAGAUACAAUUGGAGACAAGUUUUGAUAUGCCUAAUGGUAAAUUUAACAAUACAAAUAUUAAUAAGUCUAAUAUAUGUCCUAAAUCAUUAAAGUCUAGAAGGACAAAAGAUGUUAAAAUGCUGAAAUCUGAUACACAUAAGAUAAAACGUCAACUAAUAAACUCUUGUAGUGAUGUUAAAGAGUCAAUAAUAGAGUCAUGUGUAUAUAAUGAAAUUUCAAAAGACAAAAAGAUCUCGCCUGAACUGAAUCAAAAGGUAUUUGUUGGUAUAUGUACAGAUAACAUUAAUGAAACAAAGUCAAAUAAAUUACUGAGAGAAGAUUCAGAAGUAUGUCAUAAAAAGUUCUCAGAAAAAAAGACAGAAGCAAGAAUUUUAAGGAAACGCGAUGUUAUAAAAUACCUAAAAAAUAAAGGAAAAGUAAAAAGAGGUAAAAAAUUUGAAAACCCUGUUAUCACAGAAUCAGAAGCCCUUUCUAAAAAUAUGACCCCAUCUAAUAUUGACAGAAUUGCUGAAUUUGUAAAUAAUUUCUCGAGAAGCCGUAGGAACAAAGAUCGGGUUCAGUAUUUCAAAGAAAAAAGAUGCUAUAAAAAAACAUCUAAUUCUGACGAAAAAGUUAAUAUGAUGGAAAAAAUUAAGAAUAAAACCAGUAAAACGUUAGGUGAUGAUAAUCAAUUAACUAAAGUUAAUAAUAUUGUGAGAAUUGUAAAUACUAUAUCCAGAAAAUUAAGAAACAAGGAUCGUAUACAGUAUUUCAAGAAGAGAAAAUAUAAUAAAUGUAGUAGUUCAUUUGAACCUGUAAAAAAUGGUGCACUAGAAAGAGCUAAAGGUGCAAUAAUCAGUGAUGGGGCAGAGAAAAGCAGUGAUGAUAUUAACAAUGACAUUUUUAGGUAUGUGGGCUUGGUCAAUAAGACACCUUGUAAAAAUGCAAGCCCCACAACAGUGUUUCUUGACUCUGACUGUAGUGAUAAUCAAAAUACUGUUAACUCUCGCAAAAGGAAGAAGUACUCAAAAAUAUCAGUAAAAAAAAGUAAAUUUGAUGAUAGCAUUACUUUUAACUGCAUACCACUUAAUGAGAAUAGUAUAGAGAUUGUUGUGGGCAAUGAAGGUUUAGAAACACCGAGUUCAAGUAGAAGGAAGUCACUGAGACUAAAUCCAGUCAAUAAUGAUACUUGUGAAGAGUCAGUGGACGAGAGUACCGACUUUCUUUUCGAUCCUAGUGUUUUAAAUUCCAUUAAAGACUACAAUAGUGAUUUUGAGGAGAGUGAACUCAGGGAAAGUGACGAUUUCGUGAAUGCCUUUGAUGAAAGUCAAUUACUUCAAGUUCCUUGGUCUAAUAUAUUUCCAGACCUUGAUUUCAUCUCAUCUGAGGAAUUGAUUGAGAAAAUUAACUCAAUACGUUUUGAGUAUGAUCCUGAAGCUUUCAAUGAGGUUAAAAUCCAAACUCACGAGGAUUAUUCUGAUUCAGAUGACUUUGCUCCUUCAACUCCGGGUCAACAUAUGCCUCCGAAUCAAAUGCCUCAACCGCCCAGUCCAAUGCAGGGAGGUUACAGACCAAACAACAUGAACCAGCCCAAACCUCUGCCGCCUAGGGGGGCUCCGGGCGGAGGUCCUAGAAUGCCUGGAGGCCCCAGAGGUCCCAUGGGUCAGAGAGCCCCCAUGGCCAGGCCUAGAGCGCCGAUGAUGAGGCCCAGAGGGGGAGGACAGCCGAUGAGAGGAGGCGUUAGGCCUAGAAUGGGGGCCCCUCAGAACGGAAUAAGGCCCCAAAGUUCGCCGGUGAAGAGGAAUCCCGAUCAAAAUAGCUCAAUUGUGAAGAGGAAGAAGUUAGACGUGUUGUCUCCUUCGGAUAAAGACGAUGAUGAUUGUCAGGUGAUCUGUAUGCAGCCGAAGAAUACUGAUGGUGGUUUGCCUCAAAUUGAGAGCGUACACGGUGGACCAGAAUCGGCCGAGAACAGCAUCAUGCACCUGUCAGACUCUAUUACUUUGUCAGUUCGAAACCCACCCCCUAAACCAGUGGCCAGUCCGCAGAAAUCGGACGCCAAAGCAGUGGCUAACAUUUUAGCGACGAGGGGCAUCACGGUUACCGCCAGCGCAAAGCCCAAAGAGAAGGACAGCCCCACUAAGACGCCGGCACUUCCUACGGCGCUGAGUCUCAACGGGGCUGUCAGUAUAGUAGCUUCGCCUAAAAAUAACGGAGCAUCUAAGUCUCCACAGUCUGAAGAUCUUCCUACGGUAGACUUGACAGACGAUUCGGCACCUCCCAAACCUUCACCCACGAAAAAGGGUUUGCCCUAUCGUUGUGAUCUCUGUCCGGCACAAUACCCUAACGCCGUUGGUCUGAAUAAACACAGACAAACUUACCAUAAAACGGCAGGGGGCAUGUGCGAGCUCGGCGUACCCUUAAUAAAUCUCAAACAGCCUGGUAUAAUGCAAAAACUUUCUCAACUGGGCAUCAACAGCUACAUUCCGAUGCCCAGUGCAGCGCCAGACGGUACCUACGCCUUGCCCAUCAUUAACACCAAACAACCUGGCAACGUGGCCGCCCUAGGUGCCACCCAGAUGCUCUCUUUGGGUCCCGUAAGAACCAUACCCAGGCCGGCGCCCCCGAGCGGUGCCCCACUUAAGAAGUAAAUGGAUUUCCUUAUAUUUGAGAAUGGUACAAAGGAUCUAUAUUUUUGGUUUUCCUGCUGCGUCGGUGUUUUAUGUAUUGGAGGAGCGUUAAGAAUCUGUUAAAUCAGAAAUUGUGAGUGAAUAGGAUUGAUUUUGGAUGAUAGUAAUGGAUUCUUGCAAAGAUGAAACAAUAGGGGUUAAGAUUGAGACUGAAUAUAGAUGGUAUUUCUUUUUUAAGUUUUCAAAAGUGCAAUGUUCAUAUGUGCUAGUUACUACUAAGAAUUAUGAAAUGAGUUUAUUAGAAAAAAGUGAGUAUGUUUAGGUAUGGCAUUGGUUGUACCGUUGUAGAUAUUUUUGUGAUAAAACUAAUAAAAUAAAAGUUUUUUUAUAAAAUGAA